AUGCGGAUCAAUGAGACGGGGGGGCCCUUAUUUGCAUUACAUAGAGUAAGGUUCGGUUGCGACCUGUGCAACAAACGGUUUAACCAGAAGAGGGCGAAACGGAACGCCGAAGUUGUGUUAAAGUGCUCCACCGUGUAUCCCUUCAGGCUGCGUGGAAAUGUUUUGCUCUGCGUCUACUGUUACGAGGAGUACGAGGAGCCGGAGAUGUUCAGGCGGCACGUGGACGACGAGCACCAGUCGUUUUGCGUCUCGACUGCGUUCGCCCAUUGCGGGAAUGGCAACGAGUACCUCAAGGUCGACUGCACGAACUUGAGGUGCAGACUGUGCUCGCAGCCCUUCGAAACGCUGGUAGGAAUCGCUGAACACAUCAAGGCCCACCAUCCGAACGAAAAGCUGGACACCGACUACGAAAUCGGCCUCCAGCCGUACAGAAUCGACAAGGACAGGUGGCACUGUUACCUGUGCGGCCUGAAACUGCCCACAUUAACAAAACUGUGCCGGCACACGACCUCCCACUACCAGAAGUACACGUGCGAGUGCUGCGGCAAGAGCUACCUCUCGAACGACGCGCUGAAAUACCACAUACGGUGCAGCCACGCGCCUAAGCCGCAAUGCAGGAAGUGCUGGCGGGAGUUCCCCACGCCGGAGAUGAAGCGCGACCACCUGAGGCGCUCGAAGGCGUGCUGGCAGUUCUGCUGCGUGCACUGCGGCGAGCGGUUCAUGUCGUGGGAGUGCAAGCAGAAGCAUUUGGUAGCGGCACACGGCCGCCCAAAGGCUACGUACGCGUGUCCCGACUGCGGAGACACGUUCGACCAGCGGAAGACCUUCUACUGCCACUUUCGCACGAGCCACACCGACGAGAGCUACACGUGCUCGUGUUGCGGCAUGAAGUGCGGCUCCAAACUCCAGUUGGACGACCACACUCUGGUGCACACGGGCGAGAAGCGCUUCGAGUGCGCUGUCUGCCGGAAGCCGUUCACGCGGAAGAAGAGCCUCACCCAGCACAUGUGGAUACACAGCGAGAAGAAGCGCUUCUCGUGCCCCGUCUGCGACAAGCAGUUCGCGCAGAAGGUCAGCCUCAAGGGCCACAUGAAGUCGCACCAUCCAGAAAUCGAAAUGGACUUU